GUGAAUCACUUUUUAAAUCGGCAAGCCGUAUGUAAGGAUGUGAUACAAUGCAGAAUUGAAUGUCAAUGCUUGAAAAUGUCUUCUGUCAAUCUGAACGGAAAACGACGUCGCAUCGAAGGUGCCGCUUCUACGCUCUCGAAGCCGUUCAAGUCACCUCUCCGCAAGCCAGUGCAGGGCACUGCGGACAAGGAAAAGGCGUUCAACAAUUCUUCCAUCAAGACCGAGGCUGCAGAACAAGAACGGCAAGAUGUAGAUGGCAAAGGUGCACAGGAGCAUCUUACGCCGCGGACUUCCAUCUCUUCUAAACCAACCUCUCUUACAAGCUCAUCCCCCGCCUCGCCAUUUCCAAGUUUGCAGAAUCGAAAACGAAAACCGGGUACAAAUCAGAUAAUUCCAUCAAAGAAGAGCAUAUUAGCAGAUCCUCUCACCUCAGAGCUUCAAAAGGAAGAACGAGCUUUACAAUCCAGACUGUCUGCUCUCCGCUCUGAACUCGAUACCGUGCAGCAAGCUCUACGAAUUGAAUCAUCGUCGAAAGAUGCCGAGCUCGAAGCUCUGAUUCUAAAAUGGAAGACUGUAAGCCAGGAAGCUGCUGAAGAGCGAAUGCAGAGUGACAGCGCCAGGUGGGAACAGGAGGAAAUGAAUUCGUGGUAUCGCAAUGCCGAAGCGGAGGGGGUUGAGAUUGACGAAGAGGAACUGGAGCAGCGGAAAGCUGAGCUUCUUGAUGAAGUUGAGAUGCCCCGGAAGGAACAGGAGGCGGGUACUGGGAGUGAGGCACCUGAAGAUGAGGAAUUUACAAUGGACAUUAUGCUGAAGACGCUGAAUAUUGACCUGAAGAUGAUCGGAUAUGAUAAGUCGACUCAACGCUGGAUUAAAUGACUUUUAUAUGGCGGCAGCGUUCGGAGAUCCGUAUACUCGGCCUGUGUUUGUAUGAGCUUUCAGACUCACUCAUUUAUCGCCUGCAAUUUGUCCAAUGCUAGACAGGGACUGGGCUCAUACCGGGCUCGUAUCAUUGCAGUGGCUACAUACAGAGUUAAUGGAUUCCCUCUCUUGUUGCAUGCCGGAAGCGUC